CCAAUCGAAUUACAAUUUUUGUGUAUUUUUAAUAUUAUUUAGAUAAUUUAAAGUCUUAUUUGAAUCAAUUUAGUAUUAAAAUAUUUGUACGUAAGUUUGAGUAAUCUAACGUCUGUAAAGUUCAAUUCGUCGACCGUGGUAUUUUUAUAUUUUUAAUUACUCAUCUUACAUAGUGUGCGGUGCGCUAACGUUGUUGAUUUUGUGCUCUCAAUAACAUCCUGUCAUAAAGUACUUACAACUAAGUGCUAGAAUUGUUUUAGGUGUUACAACGUGAAGCAGGCAGUCAUGAAUCUUUCAGAUCCCUCAGAUGAUGAUUCAAGCAGUGAUGAAAGUCCCAUUCCAGCCAAACGUCCACGUGCAGAUACAUAUGGUGCUUCAUCAACAACUUCCCAUGGAUCUGUACUUCAAGAAUCAGACGAUGACUCUCCAGGGCCACAGUAUUCAGAAAAAUAUCCCACUGAGGCUAAACAACCAAGUAAAAUUAGGCUUAGCUAUACAGAUCAGAGUCCAGGGAGAGCAAACAGAUUUAGUAGGAGUAGUGAAAAUUGUUCCUCGCCUAAUGAACCUGAGGAUUAUCGACCAGGCUUUAAUGAUAAGGAGGGAGAGGACAGCUCUAGACGUCCAAGCUUUCCAGGAUCGGGUGACAGCGCAUUUUAUAGUAAAACAUCUGACAGUCAAAGGGAAUAUGAAGCAUACUCAAGGCCACAAUAUGCAGAGACAGAAGCUAAACGGCCGAGUAAAAUUAGACUUAGCUAUACUGAACAAAGUCCAGAGAGGUCUAACAGAUUAAGUAGAAGUAGCCUGAGUGAGCCCUGUUCAUCACCCAACGAACAAUAUGAUAGGCCAGGCUUCAAAGAUGAUGUGGAGGAAACCAUGGGAAGAGCAAGCUUCCAAACAUCAAAUGAUAAUGCAUUUUAUAACAAAUCUGAAAACGAAAGAGACACAGAAAAAUACAUAAGUGGUUAUUCUGAGAUAUCUAAAAGAAUGAUGAGCAAUAUGGGUCACAAACCAGGCAAAGGUUUGGGUAAGUUUGAAACUGGUAGAGUGGAGCCAGUUCAAGCGUCCAAUCAGAAGGGGAGGAGAGGUUUAGGCUUGAAGGCGUCAGUUGUUGGAGAGGUUCCAAAAGACUUUAAAUGGACUCCUGACGAAGCAGUCCCUGAGGCCAAAGAGGAAGUGUUGUGGAUGCCAACACCACCAGAAGAGACCUUGUCAGGAGAUAUUUUAGAAAAAUGGCUGAAAAAAGGGCCCAAAAAAUUAACUAUCGAUGAUGAGAUUGAGUUUGUGGACAGUCAAAUACUAAAAGGGAUUUUAAAUUCAAAGACAAUCUUUGAUGACUUGGAUGGAGAAGAUAUGAGGAGCGCCAGAUUUCGCAGCAAUCCAUACGAGACGAUAGGUUCUGUAAUAUUCUUGAACCGAGCCGCUGUCAAAAUGGCUAAUAUGGAUGCAGUAUUUGACUUCAUGUUCACAAAGCCAAAAAAACAAAAUGGCGAGAAAGCAGUUGAGGAAAAAGAUUUAUUAUACUUUGCAGAUGUGUGUGCAGGGCCCGGUGGGUUCUCAGAGUAUGUCUUGUAUAGGAGAGGAUGGAAAGCAAAAGGUUUCGGGUUUACAUUGAAAGGUUCAAAUGAUUUUAAACUAUCCGAUUUUUAUGCGGGUCCACCAGAAACGUUUAAUCCUUACUAUGGUGUAAAAGAAGAUGGCAAUAUUUUUGAUCCAGCGAAUUUAUCAUCACUGAAGGAUUUUGUCUUAAAGCAAACGGAUGAUAUUGGUGUUCACUUUCUUAUGGCUGAUGGAGGAUUUUCAGUGGAAGGCCAAGAGAAUAUUCAGGAGAUAUUGUCGAAGCAGCUGUACCUGUGCCAGUGCCUGGCGGCGCUCAUGCUGGUGCGUACGGGCGGACAUUUCGUUGUCAAACUGUUCGACGUGUUCACCGCGUUUAGCGUCGGCCUCAUCUACAUUAUGUACCGCUGUUUUGGUAAAGUUUCCAUACACAAACCGGUGACAUCUCGUCCAGCGAAUUCGGAAAGGUACUUAAUAUGCAAGUGGAAGAAAUCCGGUACGGAUGCGGUGGAGAAGCACUUAUUCUCUGUCAACUCGAUACUGUGGAACAAUCGCACGAAGAACGACGACGUUUCCGAGCUUGUGCCCCUGUCGGUCUUACAAGAGGACGAAGCCUUCUAUGAAUACAUUUAUAAGAGUAAUUGCUUAAUUGGAGAGAAGCAAAUAAAAAAUCUGUUAAAAAUAGCUGCAUUUAGUAAAGAUAAAACUUUAAAGGAAGAAAGUCAAGUUGAAAUGAGGGAGCAAUGCCUAAAAUUAUGGGAGCUACCAGACAAAGUUCGCACCAAACCAGAAAGGCGUAAUCCUGAGGAAAUGUUAUCAGAUAUCUUAAAUAUGUCUGAAAAUUCGCGCUCCUACGCGCAGAAUACACUUUCUUUCAAAAAAGACGUGCUAAACAAGCCGCCGCGCUAUUUGGAGAAGCCGGCGGAUCUAAAGCCACUCUUCAGCAACGUGUACGACUGGCACUUCACUUUUUUGAGCAGUGAGAAGAACAAUCCGGAUUUGAAAAUAUUUAUAUCUUGUGGAGGAAAACAAGUUUACCAACUGAAAGAUACAAUUUGGCGAAAUUUAGCUAGUUCACAAAUCAUUUUGCCCGCGAAAACUUUAUUGUAUGGAGAGAUAGUACGCGAGUACACCGGGCAGGGCAGCAAGCAGAUGCACAGCAAAGCGCUGCACGUCAUCGACGCCAUGAUGCUGGGCGGCGUUGACGUGUCCGCCUGCUCGCUCACCGACCGUGUUAAUCAAUGUAACUUGUUCUGCAACGCUCUGGAGAAGGCGGGCAACAGUGAAGUGAUACCGAUACGAUGCAAGAGGUUCUUCACACUCGAGACCUUCCCGACGGCGGUGGCCAACCUCGAGUACCGCGCCAUGAAGCGGAUCAAGCAGGCGCUCACUGUCGACAUCCCCAGGCGCGGCGACAGGCAGCACAUGUUCACCACCGUCGGCUCGCUGCUCUUUAUAAAGGAAAUCAAAGAACCGUGGGUGGCACAAAUUUCAAAGAAGAGUGGAUACAGAUAUUACUUCCGUAUGGGGCCAGACAGAAAACCAAUCAGCGAAUACAUAUUCCCCAAAGCAGCGCGCUUAGACAUGAUCAGUGCGUACAGCAAUAGAAUAAUGUGGAACUGGGAAGCGGCGGCCGCAAUCUUCGACAGUCAAUUGAAGGACGGCGUGACCAGGGUACAUAUGGAACAACACGUAAGAAGUCAAUUGGUGGAGAAAUAUCGCCCGUCUAAAUUAGAAGACUUAGUUUCCCACGAUGAUAUCAUUCAAACAAUUAGUCAAUUUAUGAAAGAAAACCAGCUGCCUCAUUUACUGUUCUAUGGGCCGCCUGGUACUGGCAAAACAUCCACUAUCCUCGCAUGUGCCAGACAAAUGUACACACCACAGCAGUUUAAUUCUAUGGUACUAGAACUAAAUGCAUCAGAUGACAGAGGCAUAGGGAUUGUGCGAGGGCAGAUCUUGAGUUUUGCUUCGACAAGAACAAUAUUUAAAGCGGGAACAAAACUUAUUAUUCUGGAUGAAGCUGAUGCCAUGACCAAUGAUGCACAAAAUGCAUUAAGGCGAAUAAUAGAAAAGUACACGGAGAACGUGCGUUUCUGCAUCAUAUGCAACUACCUGGGGAAGAUAAUCCCGGCGCUGCAGUCGCGCUGCACUCGCUUCCGGUUUGCGCCGCUGCAGCACACACAGAUUGUUCCGCGCUUGAAGGAGAUCGUUGAAAAGGAGAACGUGAAAAUCACGGAGGAUGGCAUGAAAGCUCUUCUCACGCUGUCUGGCGGCGACAUGCGCAAGGUCCUCAACACGCUGCAGAGCACGUGGCUGGCGUACCGUGACGUCACCGAGGACAACGUCUACACUUGCGUGGGCCACCCGCUGCGAUCCGAUAUCAACUUUAUAUUGAACUGCCUUCUCAACGAGAAUGACUUCGCUGCGUGCUUUAAAAAAAUUCAAGACCUGAAGAUCGCAAAAGGCUUAGCGCUCGGCGACAUUUUGACUGAGAUCCACACUAUAAUACAAAGAGUGAAAUUCCCGCCGGCAGUGCUGAUAGAGCUGGUAAUAAAGAUGGCGGAUUCAGAGGUCCGGCUCGCGAGCGGCUGCAGCGAGCGCAUCGAGCUGGCCGCGCUGCUCGCCGCCUUCCAGCUGUGCAAGGACCAGAUUGACGUGGAAGCUUUAUCCUCGCAGUAGUAGGUGUUAAACAUUUUGA